GACCACGAGCCUUUCGGUUCAUGUCCCUAUUUGUCGUCUGCCACCACUGCCAGCAUUCAUCCGAUUGGGUAGACAUGUCUACAGUGUGCUAUAGCAUGCUGGGUGCAUUAUGCCCAUCUCCACCUCUUCGUUGUUACUACCACUGCAUGCCUGUAUAGAAUACUGACAUUGCCUGUGAAGUGGCUCGCAUCAUGAAACUAGCUCUACCUGAGAAUGCGAAGAUCGCGAAGGAGGCCAAGGAGUGUAUGCAGGAAUGUGUGAGCGAAUUCAUCUCGUUCAUCACCAGUGAAGCUUCCGACAAAUGUCAGCAGGAAAAGCGUAAAACAGUCAACGGAGAGGAUAUCCUUUUCGCCAUGACCUCACUCGGUUUCGAAAACUACGCAGAGGCACUGAAGAUCUACCUAUCAAAAUACCGCGAGACCCAAUCCGCGAGAGGAGAGCAUCAGAACCGUCCGACAAGCAGUGGGUACAACGCCGGCGGCCCCGUUGGAGGCCCUCCCGGCGCCGGUCCAUCCGGACGGCCAGUUGCACCGACGGGUCCGGGGGCCUUCCCUGAUACCACGGAUGCUGCCAAUAACAUCAUCAACCCAAGCUUGGACCCCUCUGAGCAGGAUGCUUCCGCCUACGGCUACCCUCCCAUGGUCGGCCAAGCCCACAACGGCACUGGCGGUGAUUCCUACUAGAGUAAGCGUCUGUGUGCAGGAGAACCAUUCCAACUGACGCAGUGCAAUCAUAAUUGGUUCCAAGGCCAUCAACCAUAUCCCCACGGAUGAUCUACACACUGUGUCCCAAAAUGCACAAAGGAGUCCAAGACUGGUUUCACCGUGUAUCCAGCCCCUGAGGGCUCACAGUAACAUACACGGUCCCUUACUACAAACGUUUCAAACUACACUUCCGGUCCUUACUCCCUUGACAAUAUAACAUCUCCCCAAGCGGUGCGGCACGAGCAUUAUGGGGAUUUGUUUACUCACG